AGAGAGAGAGAGUAUCUAUUUCUGCCCCGUGUGAUGUCAUGCAGGAAGGCGCUGUUCACUCUUAAAGCUCCUUUUUUCUGCCUUACUGAAGGAGGGAGGGAUAGAUAUACUCAGAGCUGAAGAUGACUAAGAAGUAAAGUCAAAUGGGCCAUGCCACAGAGACAGGGGGGAGAAUUUAAAUAGGGUCAAGCAUCUACCAAUCAACAUGUGCUCUCAGGACAAAUGGAGCCAUGGCAGAUGUUGCCAGAAUAAUAAGGAGGGGGCGGGGCCUUGAGCUCAUUGCCAGAAGGGUGUAUGUCAUUGCCGGGUGGACCACAAGAGAGGCAGGAGCAGCUUUGUGUUUAUCCUGAAGCCCUGUCGCUUUGUUUUGACAAAUUAAAGGAUUUGUAGCAGGAUGUCACCUUCAAGUGGAGAUAUUUUUGUGCUUGUCUGACCACUCAGGAGAGCAUGGAAAUACAAGCACUUUUUCCCCCAUGGUAUUUGUGCCGGAACUUAGGACUGAGGAAACACGCAACAAUGGGCAAGUUCUGACAGUGAGGAGAUAUGGAAAUGAAUGGUCUUGUCUGCAUGAAAUAGGAUAUUUUUCAAAAAAAAAAGAAAAAAGCUAGAAUUAAUAAGAGUUCUUUAUUGUUGAACAUGUUAGACUGUAGAUUAUUUUUUUUAUUAAAAAUGAUAUUUUAUCAAAUUUUAAAAGUUCUAUAUAUAUUUUCAUGAAAUGCUACUUAUCAUAUUUUAUAUUUAUUGUCUGAGUUGGGAGUCUGCUUGAGAUGCACAGAGAUUAUAUAGCCUUUUUUGCUUUAAAGUAAAAAGGAUUUUGCACUGAAGACGCAUACCUCAUUAUUAAAUUUGCUGUAUAGUGUUAAUUGUCAUCAGAAUGGGCAAACCUCUUAGCAGACCUGACUGUCUGCGGCAAAAUCCCUCAUGUGUUGGGAAACCAGAAGAAGAGGACCUGAACAUUGAUGACUGUUAUGUUCCCCAGAGGUCCAUUUAUGACACUGUGCGUCUGAAUGAGCAAAUCGACUCUGGUUCAAAAGGGAGUCUGGCCUCCCGGCACGUCAUUGGCACUCUGCCUUACAGCCCCCGCACUUUGGACAUGACCACGCUUUGUGGAAAUAGUGUCCUGGCCUCCUCCAGUACCUUUGAUUUGCGCAGCAGGGAAGUGACACGACUGGAUGAGCAGGUAUUUGAUGGAUAUAAACUUAAUGGAGACAUUGUUCGGGGAACUGGUACUAUUCUCGGUAGGCUGCGUGUACAGGGUGAGAAAAAGGAGCCUUCACAGCCCCGGCGUUCUUGGAAAAACUUUGGGCCAACCAACUUCACUGAGUAUGGAACUUUAUGUGCUUAUGGACCAGACCGGCAAGCCCUGGUGCGAGUGGGCCAGGGUAGGAGCAUGACCAAUUCUUUAACUUCAGAGGAUGAUUCUGGCCUGUGCAGCCCCACUACAGAGCAAGAAAGGAGGAGGCAGCGAGCCCUGACAAGACCUGGUCCAGGUACCAGGAGCCUCUCUUCCACCGAGGCUGUUCACGUAUCUGGUGAGCUGAAACCAGGUCAGUCGGUCAGUUCGGGGCAAGAGGAGUUUCCAUUCUCUCCUGUUAGAAGCUUGGUACCGACAACAAUGUACCUCACAGACUCUUUAAGGCUUGAGGACCAGCACUGUAAAGAAGACACAUGUACCAUAGAUAUCAGUGAUAAAGAACACAUCAUUUCUAGCGAUCCUUAUUCAGAAUUACAAAGCAGGAUGGAGAAAUCAACAGAAUCAACAAACAGAGUACUAAACUCCACUUACAACAGCCACACCAGGACACUCUCAGGAUACGAUGAACUGCCCACAGCUGAGCUUUCUGAAGACACAUCUCAGGAGGAUUGUGAACUCUUAUGUGUGGUUGUGACGCAGCCAGAGCCAGUCUCACAUUGCCGGAUGCCUUUAGAGCAACAUGUGACUAAAGAUGCAGAAUGUUACGAAAAUGAACAAAGAGCAACAGAGUCCAAAAUGGCAGAUUUGGAAGAGUUCUUGUUGUCUGUAGAAAGGGACGCAGCUCUCACCAAUGGAAUAAAACAGACUAUGAAUUACAUAGGAGAUGAUGAGCUAGAGAACUUAUUAACAUCCUUAGCCUCAUGUUCUCAGGUGGAUCUCAUGGAUGUACAGUCCAUACAGAUCUGCAUUGACUGCAGCUCCUAGACAGAGACUUGUUUUAGACUGUAUGCUAUGUUCAGUGGUGGAGACUCUUGCCAUAAAAGGAAUGAGUAAAAGUAAACAUCAUUCAGUUACCCAACACUAUAAAGUAGCAGGUACUCCAAUAAUGGUCUACUCUGAAAAGAAUUUCUUCAUUUUCAGCUUUGUGUUGAACUGUCAGGCCCUGCAAUCAUUUUCUUGCAUACUUUCCUAGUUCUGGAAACAGGUCUGUACUAACAUGCACUCAUAUGACACUUUAAUUUGAACCAGAAUCUCUUUAAAAAGCCAAUAUGAUACAGAAAUGGGAAUUAUUUGACUUGGUGUUGGUCAGCAACAUUCAACAAACAACAUUCUUUAAACCUUAAAUAUUAAACAUUUAGCAAGAACAGAAAUUUUCAGGCAUUUUUAUGGACGGGUAUCUGCAUUAGUGAAUUAGAUGUGCCUGAGUAGUGUGUGCUACUGGAGCCCGUAGAUGAAUAUAACAGCAAAUAAAUCAUCAAGUGGCUUCCAGAAAGAUGCAUUUGUUAGUGGCAUGACAUGAAAGUGGAAGAUUCUUUGUACUGUCUGCGAUAUGGUAGAAGGGAGAAAAGAUGGCGUGUAUGGUGGGUAUUGUUCACACAGAGCUUUUAGUCUCUCUGCUUCGCUCUGGGAGAAUACAGACUUAUGUAUGCACUAAACGCCGAUGUUAUCAAAUACGCCUACCAUUUUAGGUCUCUUGAUGGGUAUACAGACCCUGAUAGAUGCCCAUAAACCCAUUUAUUAGCUCGCUUCUAUCCCGUGGAGUAAGGUCAUUGGUGGUGCCUUUUCAGUUGUUGUGUAGACAAGUGGUGGUCAGUUCAUGUUUGAACAACAGAUUGUAAGGUGCAUGGUAAGGAUACAAUACCCAAUGGGUGUGGAUAUAAAAGUACUCUAUAAACUGGCAAUUGAACAUAUAUGAAUAUAAAUUUUUCUAAACAAAGUCAGGCUCACAUUCUUCAUAACCCAGAGUGUUGAUAAUAGUAUAUUGAGAACACUGGCUAUGUGCUAGUGACCAAAAGCCUGAGAGUUCAAACUCAGCACUGUUAGCAGCUGCUAGUGGGUGCUUGGAUGGUAUUCUUUCUUAGGACAGUGUGCCAGAUGAAUAAAUGUGCCAAAUGGGUAUUUAUUAUUUUUUUUAAACAAGCCUUUAGAAUGGCUUUAAUCAGUAACUAAUCAGCAAACCAUAAUAAAUUACCAUGUCACUUUAGGCUAUGUGUCUUAAUGAGAUUUGCAUCACAGUUUCCACUGAACUUCUGACAUGUCAUUCUAUGA